UGACGUGCAAGAACUUGUCGUGUACGCCUCAGCACAUGGUUGCCUCAAGGUUGCCUAGGCCUCAUGGUACACCGCCGUAUCAAUAUUAAUAUCCCUCAUCAGGCUUCUGGCUAACACCCGAAGUAAUUAUCAAAUAGAAAACUGCGUCACAAGAAUGAUGCUGGCUUAGGGUUGGGUAUUUGCCGGGUUCACACCCUGCAAUGAUUAUAAGGCUACACCAACGCUUCUCCGUGACUUACAUUUACUACCAAUUCCCCCAUGGAUCCCUCAAGGAUAAGAGAGAAAAUCGGUCGCUUUCGAAUCCUUGUUAUAGGGAGAGCGAACGCAGGGAAAACUACUAUCCUCCAGAGGGUUUGCAACACACGAGACAACCCAGAAAUAUACAACAGUGCCGGGCAAAUGAUCGAUCCUGCAGUUUUAAAGGCAUCUAAAGAGCGUGGAGAGCACAACAUCGAGAACGAAAUGGUGUUUCAAAGUAACCCAGGAUUCGUGUUCCACGACUCACGCGGGUUCGAGGCAGGCGGCGCAUCUGAAUUUGAGAUGGUCAAGGCAUUCAUCGCCAGCCGCUCGAAGGAAACCAAAAUAACAAACCAACUACAUGCCAUCUGGUACUGUAUCCCAAUGGACGAAGCAAGCAGGUCGUUCACUGCAGGUGAAAAUAAGUUUUUCUCUCAGUGCGACACAGGAAGCAUACCGGUGAUCAUAUUAUUCACAAAGUUUGACGCCCUAUACGACGUCGCAUUUGCAAAGCUAAGGAAGGAAGGCAAAUCAUGGAAAGAUGCUAAGAAACUGGCCGCGGAACACGCGGAACAGUCAUUUGCUAACGGGCCACAAUUGAAGUUUUUCAAAGAGGUCCGAUGGCCUCCAAAAUGUAACGUAUGCCUUCCUAACAUGGACAAGGAUGAUGCAGAUUGCGGGAUACUCAUGGAACGCACGGCGGGAACUCUGGACAAUGAAGUGCUUCAACAAUUAUUCGUCUCGACCCAGCAGAGCAACUUGGAGAUCUGCAUGAAAUAUGCAGUUGAGAGAACACUCCCAAAAGAUUUGGACUCUGCAGAGACAACAGCAUCCAAGGGUUAUGAGAGGACGAUAGGGAUAUUAGGCGCCUGGUUUCCACACAUUUUGGUAAGAUGAUCGGAAAGUUCGAAGGUUGCUCUCAUUCACGUUGGGCGUUUACUUGCAGGUAGAAGUGAGUGCGUCGAUCCUCGUUCGAGAAAGAGCCAUCCUGAUCAAAGUCGUUGCCCACCGUU